AUGGCAGGCGGCGCAGGCGGCAGCAACCCCAUCAUCGAUGGCAUCAUCAAGAAUGACAAGACACCAUGGUACAAGAAAAGGAAUCUCCGAAGCCUAUACUUGUGGUUGGUGCCAUUCGCCAUGUUCAUCGAGAGCACGAGCGGUUUUGACUCGUCCAUGAUGAACGGUCUCCAGGCACUCUCAUAUUGGAAGGAGUACUUCGACAACCCCGAAAAGGCCAUUCUCGGUCUCUUGGUCUCAGCCUACAGUCUCGGCGCCAUUACGUCCAUUCCCUUCGUGCCCCUCGUCUCUGACUGGGUUGGCCGGAGAUGGUCAGUCGUCUUCGGCUCCGUCAUCAUGGUCAUCGGAUCCCUCUUGCAAGGACUGUCCCAAAACAUGGCCAUGUUUGUUUUCUCCCGCAUCUUCCUCGGCCACGGCAUUGUCUACGCCAUCGUCGCGGGCUCUGCUCUCCUCGGCGAGCUCGGCCACCCCAAAGAGCGCAAGUUCCUUGGCAGCUACUUCAACGCCUUCUAUGCAGUCGGAGCCGUCAUCGGUGCCGGCAUCGUCAUGGAGACCCAAAAGAUCAAGAGCGACUGGUCAUGGCGUCUGCCAUCAAUUCUUCAAGCUGGUCCCUCUCUCAUCCAGAUAGCCACGUGUUUUAUGGUUCCCGAAUCCCCACGCUGGCUCGUGGCCAAGGACCGUCACGAGGAAGCCCUUGAGAUCCUGAUCAAAUACCACGCCGAGGGCAACGCCUCCGACCCGCUCCCACACGCGGAAUUUGCCGAGAUCAGGAAAGCCCUAGAGAUCGAGAACGCCGACCGCAAGCGCGGCUGGCUCGAGACCUUCCAGUCUCCUGCCAUGCGCCGCCGCGCGCUCGUCUCCGGCUUCUUGGGUGUGUUCUGCCAAUUUAGUGGCAACGCACUCAUCUCUCAAUACCUGGUGCCCAUUCUCAAGAUGAUCGGCUGGACAGACUCGCAAACCCAACUCAAGUUCUCCCUCGGCCGAGAAGCAUGGGGCUUCAUCGUGUGCUUCACCCUCGCCAGCAUCACACCCCGCUUCCCUCGUCGCCGGAUGUACCUCCUAUGCUCUUGCUCUCUGCUCUGCUGCUACACCCUCUGGACGGCCUGUCAAGCUCGUCAGAUGAUCACCAAGAGUGAAGGCUGGGGUAUCGCGGUCAUCUUCUUCAUCUUCGCAUACACGCCCUGCUACAACAUCGCAUACAACGCCCUUACGUACGUGUACCUGGUUGAGCUAUGGCCUUACUAUGCUCGUACCAAGGGUAUCACGUGGUUCCAGUUCUGGAGCAGGACGGCUAGCACCUUCGGCGCGCAGGUCAACCCCAUUGGACUGGCGGAUAUCCAAUGGAAAUACCUGCUGGUGUAUGUUUGCUUCUUGGUGUUUGAGAUUGGGUUCAUCUGGUUCCUGUUCCCGGAGACGUUUGGGAAGACCUUGGAGGAGCUGACUUUCUUGUUCGAGUCCGAGGCAGAAAAGGCCCGCGAGCUCGAAAGUGCCACCCACAAAGCGCUGGGCCAUAUCGAGCAUGCGGAGGACGCAAGUGUUCACGAGAUCUCCGAGACGCCAAAUAAGGCGGCUGGUGAGGGCUUGCCGGCGACCACUACUGAGAAGACUCUGUCUUGA